AUGGUACGGAUUUUAUGCCUUUUCCUCUUGAUUUUACUUACACUAGGUACUGUGCUUGAUGGAGCACAUUUUCGUGGUGGUAUUAUUUCAUGGCGUCCAGUAAAUAAUACACCAACGGGUAGCACUACACAGAUUCUCAUACAUCAAAGAUACUUUUGGGCUCGGAAUUGGACCGGUUUUGCUCCUGCACCUUUAUGUAACGAGGGAUUUGUCGCUGCUCAAACAUCUGUUCCAGUCAUUGAUUAUGUGUAUUGUUUAGCAAACUGUUCAACUAGUCCUACCUAUAUUCCACUUUCAACCGUUAUGACAACUACAGAUUGUGACUUAAAUCAGAUAAUUGAAUCAUGGGCUGGCGAACUCUACACUCUUAUGACGCUGCAUUUGACAACAUCGAUUACAAUUGGUUUUCAGUCAAAUGCAUGGUUUUCCAACCUCUAUAUAGGCGGUAAUGAUCCGUGGUCAAUUGUCAAUCGAUUGAAUUUAGCUCUAAGACCUGAUAACUUUACCAAUAGCAGUCCUGUUACAAAUACAUUGCCAGUAGUAUUUUAUCCAAUAAAUACACCAAUAGUUCAUAUUGUACAAAUGGCAGAUAAUGAUGCUACUGAUAUAUUGCAAUGUCGUUGGUCCAAUGCAAAUUCUACAAAUAAUUACAAUGGAGUUGAUGAAUGUGGAGGUAUAUGUCACGGACUGCCUCCUGGAACUGUACUCAUCUCAGCCAAUUGUACAUUAUCUUUCACUCUACCAAAUCCUGGCCAGUAUUAUGCUUGUGCACUACAAAUCGAAGAUUAUUAUGACGCUAGCUCCACGACUCCAAUGAGUUCAGUUCCAAUACAAUUCCUAUUCUAUGGAUAUACAGCUGCUUCAGGUGCGUGUGCACAACGUCCAAAUAUUACUGGUAUCCGUCCAAAUAGAGAUGUUCAACUCAAUGAAACCGUGGUUGCGGAAACAUAUUGUCCUGGUCAAAGAAUUGUUGAUUUUGUCACUAGUUCACCUAUUGGAAUGACACAUAGUGCUAUUAGUAAUCCAAGUCCUAAUAUGUGGGUAAUGACAUUGACAUGGACACCCUCAGUAAUACAAUCUGGUCCUCAAGCUGGAUUUUUUCUAAAUGAUUUAUCAACAAUCGAACCAAUCAAUGGUUUGAAAAUAGGUUGUACGCCAAGUGAAGCAUUAUUUUCUUCAACAUUGGAAUGUUUUUAUGAUAUAUCAUGUAUCAAUCUUAUUCUCCAAUCUGUCGAUAAUGAUAAUAUGUUAUAUUCACCUCUGUCCUCAAACAACAGUCGAUUUUCAAUGAAUUCAACUGUAUUAGAUUUGAUUACAAAUGUUUUCAUUGAAGAUUGGUUAACAUCAAUUGAUUAUCCAAAAUAUUUUAAUCAAUGUUUACCAAGUUCAUGUUCGUAUCAAUAUAUUCAAAGAUUUGAUUGGCUUUAUACUGUUACCGUUCUACUUGGUCUUUAUGGUGGUUUGUCAUUCAUUUUUAAAUGGUUAUGUUCAAAAAUAAUUCUUCUUCUUAAUCAAAUCUAUCAAUACUAUAGAAAACGAAGAAAUACGAUUGGACCUAUUUCUUCAACAACAGUGGCAACAAUUACGAAUACUACGUGUACAUUGAACGAGAAUCAUAUCAACAAUACUACUACUGAUGCUUGUACAACAUUUUCAGUUUUACCACCAAAACAAUUUACUUCAAGAAUGUAUUGUUAUAUUAUUCUCGGAAUGAUUUUAUUUGGGAGUUUGUUAGUGACGAUGAUAGUGGUAUCGAUUUAUUUAAAUUGGAGAGCUAAUAUGAAUUAUACAACAUUACCAGUUUUAUCAACGGCUGUUCAAACAACUGAUUCUACUACUUCAACAACAUCAAUAUUGUCAACAGAACCACCCUGUGUGUUAACAUUUGACGAAUCAAAUUUAUUUACAUUUAACCUCAAUUCUUCUUUUGGGUCAAUCGUUACUGAUGAUUUUAAUGGUGAUGGUUAUCUAGAUCUUGCUCUUGUUGAGUACGAAUUGGAUAAUCUUAAUAUAUUUCUUGGGAAUAAUAAUGGAACUUUUACAGCACCAUCGAUAUAUAUUAUUGGAUCAGAUAAUGAUCCACACUUUGUGACUGAUGGUGACUUUAACAAUGAUAAUCAUAUAGAUCUUGCUGUCGCGAAUUUUAAAUCUGAUACUAUAGGAAUCUUUUUUGGCUACGGUAAUGGAGUUUUUCAAACACAACAGAUAAUUUCAACUGGAUUCGUUCAUUUACCCUUAAGAUUAGUAAUUGGUGAUUUUAACGAAGAUAAUCAUUUAGAUAUUGUUGUUACUGGUGUGCAAUCAGGUAUAAUGUUUGGUUUGGGUAAUGGUUAUUUUAGUAGCAUAACAGUUCUCCAUGAUGAUGAUGGGUUCAAUGAGAAUUGGAUUAUUGCUACUAAUUUUAAUAAUGACACACAUCUAGAUCUUAUUGCCAGUUACGGUUCAGAUGGCAUGAUACGGAUAUUACUUAACAAUGGUUAUGGGUAUUUUUAUUUGUGGAUGACUUUAACUUUUGAAAAAUCUUCUUAUACAAAUUCAUUCACUAUAGUUGAUUUAAACAAUGACAAUCGAUUAGAUUUGGUUGUUGCCAAUGAAAAUACAAAUUACAUAAGUAUUUUCAUUCAGAAUAAUAAUGGAACUUUUGGACAACAGACAACGUAUCCGACAGGAGUAAAUGGAAAUAUAGAUACGGUUGUUGUCGGUGAUUUUAACAAUGAUGGUCAAAUUGAUCUUGCUGCUACUCUUCUUCUUGGACAACAAGUAAAUAUUUGGGUAGGUAUUGGUAAUGGAACAUUUUUAGAGCCAUCCAUGUUUUCAACUGGGUCUAUUACUGCACCAACUACAAUGAUUACAGGUGAUUUUAAUAGUGAUAGCAAAUUGGAUUUUAUUGUAUUAGAUAAAUAUUCUACCAAUGUACUUAUUUCUAUCAAUACAUGUGAUUGUUGUAUACAAAAUAUUUCGAAGAAAUAA